AAGGUUCAUCACAAUGAAAUUGUUGCAACUGGCAUGUCCUUGGCAUCGACCCAAUUAUAAUUUUUCUGAUUGUUCAGAGAGCUCUGGCACAUCCCACUUCAAUGCCAUCAGUCAGUGAGCUUUGAUGCUUGUCACUUCGGUUUAACUCUCGUUCUGAAUUAAAGAUAAAACUGACAGUAGUACAUAAUCACCCACUUUACGACUUUCGUAUUCUAAAUAUUCCGUUCAUAUCCUAGUCUUUUAAAUUCUGCUAAGAAUUCGAAUAUUUUUAACUUUAAAAUCAAUAAAAAUGGGCAUUGUUAUGUAUGGAAUGGAAGCCAGUCCUGCAUGUGCUGCAGUUAGACUGACUCUUGGCCACUUGGGAAUAGCAUUUGAAACAAAAAUAGUGGAAUUGUCUACCCGUGACCAGUUUAAACCUGAAUUUUUAAAGAUAAAUCCACAGCAUGUUGUACCUACUAUAGAUGAUAAUGGUUUCAUUCUCUGGGAAAGCCGUGCCAUCCUGGGUUAUUUGGUGGAUCAGCAUGCACCAGGCAGCUCUCUCUAUCCUAAAGAUCCCAAAGAGAGGGCCGUCGUAGACAGGCUGUUGUACUUUGAUAUCGGCACUCUAUACAAAGCCAUAGGUGAAUAUUUGUAUCCGGUACUUUUCUUUGGACAGCCAGAAUUUAGCUCAGAAAAGAAAGAAGCCAUCGAUAAGGCAUUAGGAUUUCUGGAAGGAUUCCUCAGCACGACGUCAUACGUUGCUGGCAAUCACCUCACUAUUGCAGAUCUUUCUAUUGCCUCAAGUCUCAAUUUUAUUUAUACAUUCGACUACGAUUUCUCUGCAUUUCCUAAAAUCACUGCUUGGAUGAAUAAGAUGAGAGUCGAAGUCCCGCACAAAGAGUUCCUCGAAACCCCCAUGAACAAGUACAAACAAAGCAGAGAAUCCCAGAAAAAGGCCUAAUUAUUUAUUUCAAUUUUAUACGGAAAUAUGUAACCUUAUACGAACAAUUUUGUUUGAUUGUAAUACGGAACAUUUACAAAUUUAAUAAAAUUUUUAAUUGCUUUUUGAA